GAGAUGUUUGAAAAUUUUCUCUUGUUUUUUAUUUUUUAUUUUUUGUGGUGAAUUUGGAAUAAAGACCAAAUCUCUUGCUCACAGUUGAAUAUGACAUUUAUGAGCAAUCUCAUGGAAUCAAAUCGCUCCAACAAUAAAAUUUCCCUUCAGUUUCCAAAAGAAAAAUAAAAUAAAAUUUAACUUGACGUUAGCUAAAAUCUUGGCAGUGGAAGAAUGGUUUAAUUAGGUCCUACUUAAAUGGGCUUAGUUGGGCCACAAAAUGGGUACGUUCUCUAGGCUGGCCCAGUCCAUGAGUACCCAUGAUAAACUAAUGCCUUUGUCUUUUACCACUAGUUUUUGAUAUAAUUACUAUUUUCACCUCCCGCCUUAUUAGAACCCCAUUGGUGGAUUGGAACACACCUCAGCUCGCGGCGACUGUCACUCUGUGUGUAGGGUUUCCGCUCUCGAAACUCUACUUUCUCUCUCUACUCCGUCUGUCUCUCUCUAGAAUCCAGGUUUGUAUUCUAUGGGCUGGUAAACUUUGGUCACACCAUGCAUGCGAUUAAGGGCGGUUGGGUUGGGCAAACGUUUGCCCUAGCUAAGCCUAAUGAUUCUGGAGGAAGGAAGUCAAGGAUUCGGCGUUCGAAAGAGGAGAGGAAAGCAAUGGUCGAGUCUUUUAUAAAGAAAUAUCAGGAAUCAAACAAUGGGAAUUUCCCAUCACUUAAUCUCACUCAUAAGGAAGUUGGUGGGUCGUUCUACACAGUGAGGGAAAUUGUCAGAGAUGUAAUCCAAGAAAACAGAGUGUUGGGUCCUGCCAAGUUAAUUCCAGAAGAGCAGAACACUGAUAAUUUCUUGGAACAAUAUCCAUUGGGAACAAUUUCCACUGAAUUUCAAGCUCGGUUGUCAUCGUCAAAUGAAAUGCAUAUUCUACCAUUUCAUCAUCAGAGUGCAAGUGAAAAUUUGGUUGUAAAUUCUAGUGCGCAGUCACGUGGACCUGGACAUCAGAGAUUUGAUGAUGGAAAAGUUAUUAAUGGGAGCAGUCAGGCAAUUGAAAAAGACGAAAACAAUGAUGAAACAGUAUUCAUAGAGUCGCAAGAUAGAAAAAGCUUGGACAUAGAGGGAAAUGUAGUAGAAGAACUAGAAGCUUCUAAAGCUAAAAUAACGCGUAUAGCGACAGAUGUAGUAGUAGAGACAUUUCCAUUAGAGCCUGUUUCUAAGAUAACUUGUGACUUGUAUGGACAAUCAAGUGAAUUGAAGGAGUUAAAUGAAACUUUGGAAGAAAAGGAAACUGAAAAGGUGAAACUAGAAGCAGAGAACGAUGAACUGGAAAGAAUGAACUUCCUGGCAGACUCUUCUGUUUUGGUGGAUGAGAAAGCUGAGGUGAAUCCUGCAGGUCCAUUAUUGGGAAGCAAUUCUGGUUUAGUGGAUGAGAAAGCAGUGGAAGAAGUUUCUGGUUUAGCGGAUGAGAAAGCAGUUGAAGAACUUGGGGGCCUGUCACUGGAAAGUUCAAAUGGCUCUUUAAUUGAAGAAAUUAUUGUGCUUGACGAAAAUGAUGGUGCCUCGGCUGCUGGAAGUAAGUCUAUGAAUGCUCCAAUCGUCAGCCAUGCCAAGGAUCUCAAUAGCACCGGUACCAGCAGUUCUUGUGGGCAGUCAAUUUCCAAAGAAUCAAUUGUGAUUAAAAACAACCCUGAUAUUCAACAUAGUGAGAGCUCCAAGGAAGGAAGCAACCCAACUUUAGACAGAAUUAAUCUUGAAUCAUGGGAAGGGACAUCCGAGAAAUCUGCCAGGCCAGAAACAAAUCCUCUUUUGGCAUUUUUUAAGUCGUUUGUUGCUGCAUUUGUGAAGUUUUGGUCCGAAUAAAGUCUAUUGUUAUAUUUCCUUAAAUUUAUGUUUUUGAUAGUGAAGAUGAGAGCUGAACCUGUUGAAGUAGUGUUUUUUGUCAUAUCAGAAAAUGUGGUUGCAUCAAUUUGAUUCUUAAUAUCUCCUCCCAUGUUCUUCUUCGAGCUAUGUACUCAUUCUUUAUAGAGAAAAAUAUUUGUGUGUGGAAUUUAUGUCACACUUGUGGGAUGGACUUUGUUUAA